CGUUCCCUGCGGGUUGCCGUAGAUUUUACACCAGUUCACGCAAUGCAUUGUGGGUAGGUCAGCUGCAGAGAGGACUGAGAGGGCGCCAUGUGCUUGUGAAGCAGAGAGAGCGAAACGAUACCCGGCUGAGACACACUCGGCUCGUUUUAAAUUUACAAAGAGACACCGGCGGGGGGGAAAGGCUCCAGCUGACGCCAGCAUGUACCGCACCAGACGCUGCCUGAGGACCGCGCUGCGGCUCGCGGCGACAUCUCACCGGCAACAGCUUCAGAAUAAAACGCCGGCCGUGUGUGCUCUCCGGCUUUUGGGGUCCAGCCCAGCCGUCCGCUCGGACGCCUUCGCUACCCCUGCUCUCGACGGGGCGCCCAAACAGUACUCCCCGAAAAUUCAACAGCUCGUCGGUGACAUUGCCAACCUCACACUACUAGAGGUGUCGGACCUGAACGAGCUCCUCAAGAAAACUCUGAACAUUCAGGACGUUGGAAUGAUGCCGAUGGCUGCAUCAGCUACACCUGCUGCUGCCGCAGAAGAGGAGGCUGAGCCGGUCAAGAAGGAGCAAACUCACUUCACAGUAAAAUUGACCGAAUUGAAAGCAGCUGAAAAAGUCAAACUUAUAAAAGAGGUGAAGAACUGCAUGCAAGGCCUGAAUCUGGUGCAGGCUAAGAAACUAGUGGAGGCACUUCCGCAGGAAAUCCGAGCCAACGUACCCAAAGAAGACGCCGAGAAACUGAAAGCAGCCCUGGAGGCAGCAGGCGGCACCGUGGUGUUGGAGUAAAUGCUCGGCCCGCCUGUUCUCCACCGGUUCGCUGCUCAUCUCAUGCACUUCGUCCGUCAUUCUCCUAUUGCUUUCUUCUUUCUUUUUUUUUUUUACGUGACAAAGAGGAACAUCCUGGGAAACAAAGAAAUGCCUUCUGACAUUAAUGUCUCUUAACAGCAUCAGAUAAGGCAGAACAACUCGGACUGAACUGUUCAGGCACACAGCCUGCACCAAUGGCCGAACAGCUGUUUGCCUUUCGAUCUGUCUGCUCAUGUUUCGUUGUGAUACUUGGGAAGCAAGCAACAGAUUAGCCCGGCUGAUCAGUAAUUAUGUUGGUCAAUUUGUGUGUGUGUGUGUGUGUGUGUGUGUGUACGUUUUAACUUUUCACAGAAAAAAGGUUUAUGCUGUAGGGAAAUGGUUCCCUAUGUUGAGGAACACACUGUAUCUAGUUCAGGACGGCUGGGCUAAGUCCUUUUACUUUAGUUAAUGUGAUUAAAGUUGAAAUAUCCAUAAAUAUUUACCUUCUUA